AUGGCCAAAAUCUCGAAUCUUCUCCUCUGUCUCUCUGUUUUCAUCUUCAUCAUCACCGAAUCCGCCUUAGCUCAAACAUGUACCAACUACAAGUUCUCAAGCAACCGUCUCUUUAAGUCCUGCAAUGACCUUCCUGUUCUUGAUUCCUUCCUCCAUUACACUUACGAUUCGUCUUCCGGCGAUCUCCAAAUCGCUUAUCGCCACACAAAGCUAACCUCUGGGAAAUGGGUAUCUUGGGCCGUGAAUCCAACAUCCACUGGUAUGGUCGGAGCUCAAGCCAUUGUGGCUUAUCCACAACAAGACGGUACCAUUCGGGUAUACAAGUCACCCAUCAGUAGCUACCAGACCAAUCUCCAAGAAGCUGAGCUGAGUUUCAACGUCUCUGAGUUGUCUGCUACAUACCAAAAUAACGAGAUGGUCAUCUACGCAAUUCUGAAUCUUCCAUUAGCGAAUGGUGGAACCAUUAAUAUUUUGUGGCAAGAUGGGUCUCUUUCAGGGAACAGUCUUCUUCCUCAUCCAACUUCUGGCAACAAUGUCCGCUCUGUUUCCACUCUGAAUCUUGUCUCUGGUUCAUCGGCAUCCACCACCGCUGGAGGAGCAGAUUCCAAGCUACGCAAACGCAACAUACAUGGAAUAUUGAACGGAGUGAGCUGGGGAAUAAUGAUGCCAAUAGGAGCAAUCAUUGCUCGAUACUUGAGAGUCGCCAAAUCUGCAACUCCUGCUUGGUUCUACAUUCACGUUUUCUGCCAGUCUUCUGCUUAUAUCAUCGGUGUAGCCGGUUGGGCCACUGGUCUCAAACUGGGCGGCGAAUCACCCGGGAUCCAGUUUGGCACUCACCGUGCUAUCGGGAUCACUCUCUUCUCCCUCGCAACAGUUCAGGUGUUUGCGAUGUUUCUGAGACCCAAACCAGAGCACAAGUACAGGCUUUACUGGAACAUCUACCACCACACCAUCGGCUACACCGUGAUUGUUCUUGCGGUGGUGAACAUUUUCAAAGGGCUUGACAUCUUGAGUCCCGAGAAGGAGUGGAGAAACGCUUACACCGCUGUAAUCGUAGCACUUGGCAUAGCCGCGGCCGUGCUCGAAGCAUUUACUUGGUAUGUAGUCAUAAAGAGAGGAAAAGCAGAAGAAUCAGCCAAAACGGCUCAGCUUGGAAACGCUGGUCGGUCUCAGUACGCAUAG